CUCAUCUAUAACCUUGGUUUGAUAGGUCAUGAUUACUGGUGAUCAAGCUUUGACAGCUUGCCACGUGGCUCAACAAGUACACAUUAUCUCAAAACCAGCACUGAUUCUGGGACGUACAAAAAACAAACAAGGAUAUGACUGGGUUUCUCCUGAUGAGACAGAGAUAGUCAGCUACAGUGAGAAUGAAGUUGAAGCUUUAUCAGAAGCUUACGAUCUCUGUAUUGGAGGCGAGUGCAUUGAGAUGUUGCAGCAGACAUCUGCUGUCCCCAAAGUUGUUCCUUAUGUGAAGGUAUUUGCAAGAGUUGCCCCUGAGCAAAAAGAACUUAUAUUAACCACCUUUAAGUCAGUGGGAAGGAUGACGUUGAUGUGUGGUGAUGGGACUAAUGAUGUUGGAGCUCUAAAGCAGGCACAUGUGGGAGUAGCUCUUCUUAAUGCAAUACCUCCCCCUAAGAAAGAAAAAUCAUCUGAUGGAUCGUCUAAGAAUGAUACUACAAAACCUGCCAAGGCGAAGAAACUUAAACCUGCUACAGAAAAUGGAGAAGGCACUUCAAAAAGUAGAGCUACCAGCAGCCAAGCCACUAAUCGCCAUCUUACACCUGCAGAGAUGCAGAAGCAGAAGCUCAAGAAACUUAUGGAUGAGCUUAAUGAGGGAGGAGGUGAUGGUCAGGCACCAAUUGUGAAACUUGGGGAUGCCUCGAUGGCAUCGCCAUUCACUGCAAAGCAUGCUUCAGUGUGCCCUACCACUGACAUCAUCCGUCAAGGUCGUAGUACCCUAGUAACCACUCUGCAGAUGUUUAAGAUUCUUGGACUUAACUGCCUUGCUACUGCCUAUGUCCUGAGUGUAAUGUACUUAGAUGGUGUCAAGUUAGGUGAUGUUCAGGCUACAAUCAGUGGGGUCUUCACAGCAGCCUUCUUUCUAUUUAUCUCACAUGCUCGGCCCCUUCCAACCCUCUCAGCCGAACGACCUCAUCCCAAUAUUUUCUGCGCCUACGUCUUGCUCUCCCUCCUGGGACAAUUUGCUAUCCAUCUGCUUUUCUUAAUUUCUUCUGUUAACGAGGCUAGCAAGUACAUGCCUGAUGAGUGCAUUGAGCCAGACUCCAAUUUUCAUCCAAACCUUGUCAAUACAGUUUCAUACAUGGUGGGGUUGAUGCUACAGGUAGCAACCUUUGCUGUGAACUACAUGGGCCACCCCUUCAACCAAAGCAUACCCGAAAACAAGCCAUUCUUAUACGCCCUUUUGGCUGCUGUGGGCUUCUUCACAGCUAUCACCUCUGAUUUGUUUAGGGACUUAAAUGACUGGUUGAAGUUAGUUCCUAUGCCAAGAGGUUUGAGAGAUAAGCUGCUGCUUUGGGCAUUCCUGACAUUUUUGGUCUGCUAUGCCUGGGAGAAGUCAUUGAGGUGGGCUUUCCCUGGUAAGAUGCCUGCCUGGAAGCAAAGGCAACGUCGUCUUGCAGCAAAUUUAGAAAAGAAGCGCAAUUAGUUCUUAGUUGUAUCAGUUUUGAACGACAGAGAUUUGGAUCCGGCUGGUGUUCAGCAACUUCAUUUUAUUGGCAAUACAGCUAUCACGGCCUGCUGGAUGGUAUAUUAUUGUACUGAAAGAUCAUGACUAAAAUUUUGCUGGAUUUUGUCAUCUCCAUUCAUGAAGACCCCAAGGAUAGGGGGCAUACCGCAGCAGCUCACUUUUCCCCCCGUCUUUUUAUACAAAAACUAGACAGAACUGUUGCUUUAUUUAUGGCUACUUCCAACAGAAAGGAAAACAGCUGAACUUCGUUUUUCUUCGAUUGUACUAGUGUAUUGGAAUAGAUACAACACAUUCUGUCUCAAGACAUUUUGUCAGGAUCAUAAAGAAAUGUUACUAUUUUUCUUUCUCAGGUCAA